AUGAGAAUAAAUAACAGAGCUACCGCACAACAGCAAAGGAGAAAACGUGAGCGAGAUGAAAAGAAAAAAACGAAUAAAAGAGCCACCGCACAGCAACAGCGAAGGAGGCACGAGCGAUUAUCCACCAUUGAACUAGAUAUCAACCCGACUAUGUCUCGCCAAAACCAAGAUGAUAUGCAACAUGACCUCGGUCGCAUGGAUAUAGAGUGUAGUUAUUGCGGCGCACUUCAUUGGUUAGAUGAACGCUUAACAAAUUCUUCAAGAAAAAAUCCAAAAUUUGGAUCAUGUUGUCUAAAUGGAAAAGUUGUCCUUCCCCUCCUUCGUGAUCCUCCGCCUUUUUUACGAAUGCUCUUUGAUGGUGAAGCUGACCUUUGUACGGAAUUUCGCAAGAACAUUUGCCAAUAUAACGCAGCACAUGCAUUUACAUCAUUGGGUGCAAAAAUUGAUGUAAGCAUUCUGCAAGGGCAUAAUCCAUAUAGCUUUCGCAUUCACGGAGAGCUGCGCCACCUUUCGGGAGCUCUAUUACCCAAUGCGGAUCAAGAAGCUACUUAUGCUCAACUUUAUAUAUAUGACCCCGAUGUUUCCCUUCAAAUAAGAAUGGGACGUAAUAAAGGUUUAUCGGCACAAAUAAUGUGGGAAAUACAGGAAACUUUGCGAAAAAGCCAUGCAUUCUAUCCACUUUAUCAACAGGCACAUGAAAUUCUCCUCCAAGCCCAUGAAGACGGUACUGAUGAAGAUGUAGCAAUCUAUCUCCACCACACAAACACGACAGAUAAGUAUCGCUAUAAUCUCCUUACGAUAAACGAGGUAGCUGUUAUUCUACCAGGCGAUGGAUCAGUACCAGAGGCGACGCGUGAUAUUAUCAUUCGAUUGCGUGGAGGUUCACUUGAACGUAUUCAUGAAGGGCAUCCAGCAUAUUUGCCACUGCAUUAUGUGCUUCUUUUCCCACAUGGUGAGCUUGGAUGGCAUGAAGGAUUGCGUCAUGC